AUUCUUAACAAGAAUCCGAUUCAAAUAUAGCGGGUGGGUACUGAUGAAGGCAAGAAUCUGAUACAAGUCGGUGGUCGGUGCCAUCUAUGUGCAUCAUCAUCAUCAUCCAUCUAGUGACAAAAAUGGAAGACUACAGCGAAGACCAUGGCGAUUAAUGCAGCUGAGCCUUACCCAAAAAGUCUGAUUCGCAGACACUUUCUACGAACUUCUACAACUUUUCUUGGAAGUUGAAAACUUCACAAAGAAAAAAGCAGACCAAAAAAAAAAAAGAAAAAAAAAGAAAAGGAAAGUGACAAAAAAGACAAAAAGAACGGGGCUGAUUAUGGAUACUGAAAAAGUAGCAGAGCUGAAGCACCUCAUCAGUCGGUGCAAGUCCAAUCCUUCAAUCCUCCAGGACCCUUCUCUUGCCUUCUUCAAGUCCUACCUCCAAAGUCUUGGCGCUCGAAUUCCCCCUGACCCACGAACGGAUAAAGUCGGUGAAAGCAUGUCAGACAGCAAGGAAAAGAUCGAUGCCACAGAAACUGAUCCAUUGGGUGAAGAUGACACCAUUGUAGAGUCUGAUGUUGAGUUAGAUGAUGCUGAUGUUGUGGAGCCUGAUAAUGAUCCUCCACAAAAGAUGGGAGACCCUUCUGUUGAAGUUACAGAAGAAAAGAGAGAUGCUGCACAAACCGCAAAAUCAAAGGCUGUGGAUUUUAUUUCUGAAGGUAAGCUGGAUGAAGCUAUUGAUCUUAUAACUGAAGCCAUCAUGUUGAAUCCUACUUCAGCAAUACCAUAUGCAACUAGAGCUAGUGUCUUUAUCAAGUUGAAAAAACCUAAUGCAGCGAUUCGAGAUGCUAAUGCAGCUUUAGAGAUUAACCCUGAUUCAGCAAAAGGGUAUAAAAUAAGAGGAAUGGCAAUGGCCCUGUUGGGCCGUUGGGAAGAAGCAGCAAGGGAUCUGCAUAUAGCAUCUAAGUUAGAUUAUGACGAGGAGAUAGGUUUGGUGCUUAAAAAGGUUGAGCCUAAUGCCCACAAAAUUGAAGAGCACCGCAGAAAAUAUGAACGCAUACGGAAAGAAAGAGAGGCAAAAAAAGCUGAAAUUGAGAGGAAGCAGAAAGCAGAAGCCCAAGAGCGAGAUGCAUUAUCUGCACUCAAGGAUGGGGAAGUCAUCGGUAUACAUUCUGCUAGUGAACUAGAAACAAAGUUAAAUGCUGCCUCAAAAACAUCACGCCUUGCAAUACUUUACUUCACUGCAACAUGGUGUGGUCCUUGCCGUUUCAUAUCUCCUCUGUAUGUGAACUUAGCUGGGAAGCAUCCCAAAGUUGUUUUCUUGAAGGUUGACAUAGAUGAGGCCAGGGAUGCGGCCGCACGUUGGAACAUUAGCAGCGUUCCAACAUUUUACUUUAUAAAAGAUGGUAAGGAGUUGGAUAAGGUGGUUGGGGCGGAUAAAAGUGCACUUGAGAGGAAGAUCGAACAGUAUUCACCCACAAAAUGAGCUAAUCCUUGAACCUCGGCUCAUAAUCUUUCUUCUUUGUUUGCUUCUUAUAUCUAUCCUUCGAGUCAUAAAUGAAAGAGAAAUUUCAUAUGGGAGAGAUGUUAUAUACAUCACUUUCUGAAGUCUUGGAAAGCAAAUUUGUAUAUGUUUACUGGAGGUAGUAUCUAUCUUUUGAAUAAGUUGGCUAAUUUCUUUAGCAAUGGGAAAAUGCUUCUCUGAAA